GGGGAAAUAGAGAUACAACAAAUAUAUAAAAGGAACCGCGUGGCGUGGAAAGUACGGCUCAGAUCAGCAGACGUUUCCUCUGUUUUGAUAAAAAGGGCGGAACUAUUUAUGCAGCCGACACACUUCGUGAUCUUUCGAUUCUUAAAUCGCAAUCUGAGAAAUUUCAAUAUCAAAUCAAAUCUCUUCCUUCGUUUCUGAGCAAAAUUUCUGAGAAUCAGAAAACCUGCUUCUUUGUGUUUGAUUACUCUUGAGAGCAAAGUUUGAAAGAAAAAAAUGGGAGAGGAUCAGAAUAAUCACAAUGACAAAGGAAUGUUUCACCACUUAGCUGGAUUUGCAGCCGGACACUACCCACCUCACGGUCAUCAUGGUUAUGGUCAUCACGGUUAUGGAGCUCCUCAUCCAUACCCUCCUCCCCCUCCUCCUCAUGGCUAUCCACCAGCUGCUUAUCCUCCACACGGUGGUUACCCUCCUGCCGGUUAUCCUCCAGCUGGUUACCCUCCAGCCGGUUACCCUCCAGCUGGUUAUCCACCUCACGGUUAUCCCGGUCCAUCUCACUCUGGACACCACCACGGAGGUAUGGGAGCGAUGCUAGCGGGUGGGGCGGCUAUGGCAGCUGCAGCAGCUGGUUCUCACCAUAUGUCUCACCACGGACACUAUGGUCACCACCAUGGUCACGGAUAUGGCUACGGGUAUCAUGGUCACGGUAAGUUCAAACACGGCAAGUUCAAGCACGGGAAAUUCGGGAAGCAUGGCAUGUUUGGUGGGAAGCACAAGGGGAAAUUCUUCAAGAAAUGGAAGUGAUUGUAUUCCAAAAGAUUGAUCAUAUUCAGAGACUAUACAUUAUCAUUUUGUAAUAACAACAAAUAUUGACGUCUCUGAGGAAGUUACAUGGUUAUUUGUGAGCCUUAACUUUUAAGAGCUUAAACAGUAAUGAUCGUUCUUGGUUUGGUUUAAUGAAGCUUUUUUCUUUUGUUUACA